AUGGUUGAAAUCAAGCGCGAAGAUGCACCGGCUUCAGGUUCAAAAGGCACAAAGCAUCCUCAGGCGGACGAUGAUGACAAGUAUAGGCUGAUAUACAGCAAAUCGAAGGUCUACGUGAAUCCGACUGCGUAUGCCAGGGAUAACAUACCGGGAUUUGUAGCCCUUGUUAAACGAGAAGCCAUUAAUCCUAUCUACCUUUUGGCUUGGAUUCCAGAAAGUCUGCUUAACGAGAGGGGUACAUCGGAAUGGGAUAAAUUCGUAAAAGUGGAGGAGCAGCCAACCUCUGCGGAGGAAGAUGAAGACAUAGUGCUUAUUGAGCUUCCUGGCCAGCGACCAGAGUCUUAUGCUUUCUCUGUGCCUAUAACGUCAAUAUAUUCAUUAAUAGUAAACCCACCUUCGCUAUCAUCAUGGUAUGGGUCCAUUGGUAUUAAUCUCAUCAACGGGGACACACUCCCCACACUACAUUUCCACGAUGAUGAAUCCCACUCGUUUACCAUGCAGAGUCCAAAGUCCGCUCAGGGUAGCAGCAGUGCAAACGUGACGCCGUAUCCGCCACCGCCGACACAAGGCAGCUCACACGCACAAAAAUCUAUCUCCUGGGGUGGAGAGGACCUUUUAUCUCGCCUGCGGAACUACGCUCACCUCCUCCGCUCGACCCUGCAGCCGACCUUGUUCCUCGUAGAUCCGUCGCGAGCUGAUAUCGAGACGCACACGACUCAGAUAUUCUCAGACGAUGCGGUUGACGAUAUUCUCGGCCAGUCUUCCUUUGCGAACUCCCAUUCACCCAUCCCGGCCCAUCGCCGUCCGCGUCCCAUCUCAGAAUCCGGCUCUGGCUCCUCUUCGUCGGGAAACCCGUAUUCGCAUCGUACGUCUGUGCUACACCGCUCCCUUGGCUCACCCAAUGUGUCGCCCACCAACCCAUCUUCGCAAGCGCGCAUGGCGCUGAUGCAGUCUUUCUCCAACAUCACCCGCGCGACGCGUCACGCUGCGCAGAACAUCCUCUCGCACCCGCUUGCGAAGCCGAUCGUGCCGCAUCUCCCGGAUCCGGUGCGCAGUCUCGUAAACGCGAACGGCGAGUGGGAGUGGGGCAGCUGGGUGGAGAAGGGUGGUGUGGGCGAGUUUGAGUCCGCGCGUGUUUAUUUAGCCAGGUGGGCACGGAUCGUCGCGGAGGAGGGCGAAAGGGCGAGGCGGAAAGAGGCGCAAGCGCUCCCGCGGUCGGCUGCUGGUGUAGUGGAGGAGGAUUCAUCCUUGGGUAUAUUUGAGCUGUUGCAUUCGACGGCAAAUCUACCUACGCCCAAGAGCUCGAGAGAUCCGGCGCACCCUGUUGACGAGCGCUUGUGGGCGGGCUGGUUUGGUAAGAAUGGUAGGCCGAAUAUCUCUAACGAGGAAAUGAGACGGGAGGUAUUCCGCAGGGGUAUCAAUCCAAAAGGUACAUUGAGACAGCGGAUAUGGCCGUUUGUACUUGGUGUCUACAAGUGGGAUGCCACGACUGAAGAACGAGAGAGGCUGUGGCAAGAAAAAAGAAAUCAGUAUCAAGCUGUAAAAGAUGAAUGGUGUGGUGUGCCAGAAGUGUUUGACAGUACAAAAGUAUUGGAAGAACGGCAUCGAAUUGACGUCGACUGUCGUCGUACUGACCGAAAUCAGCCGAUGUUCUCUGCGCCUGCUGAAAUACCCACAACGGACCUUGACGAUUCCGACGAAAAAACUCACCAAAGACAUUACUCUAUUAUUUCCCCAAACAUGCAUGACAUCGGAGCACAAUCUCCGAGCAAUGAACACGUUGAUCGUAUGGCGGGGAUCCUCCUCACGUACAAUUUCUACGAGAAGGAUUUGGGCUACGUCCAGGGAAUGUCCGAUCUUUGCGCGCCCUUGUACAUCGUCAUGGGUGGCAACGAGGAGUUGACUUUUUGGUGUUUUGUUGAAGUUAUGAAUCGGAUGAAACAGAAUUUCCUCAGAGAUCAAAGCGGCAUGAAGAAACAGCUGUCGACAUUGCAGCAAUUAAUAGAAGUCAUGGAUCCAGAAUUAUUCAGGCAUCUAGAAAAAACGGACUCUUUAAAUUUGUUUUUCUGCUUCCGAUGGGUUUUGAUAUCUUUCAAACGAGAAUUCCCAUUCGAUGAUGUUCUUCGUUUGUGGGAAGUGCUGUGGACAGAUUAUUAUUCCUCGGGGUUUGUCCUGUUUGUCGCUUUAGCGGUGCUUGAGUCACACCGAGAUAUGAUUCUUCGAUAUCUCGUGGAGUUUGAUGAGAUUUUGAAAUAUUGCAACGAACUCAGCAUGACAAUCGAGCUUGACAGCACCCUAAGUCAGGCGGAGGUGCUCUUCCUCUCCUUUUCUCAGAUCGUUGCCGAUAUAGACAGACGAAAGGCCGAACAACCAAGAGAGAACACCGGUGUCCUGCGCAACCGGGUAUCGACGUCGACCAGCGCUGCAUCAGCGAAGCUAGCUGCAACCAACCUAUCGGCUCUACACCUUUCAGACGAUCUCCGGGAUUUGCUCAAGACAAGUCGCGAUUAG